GCAGGGUUCGCAUUCAGAGCCUCAAAGCGGGAGCAUUGUGCUAUAUUUGAGGGCUGCUAAUACGGCGAGCGCUUCAGAAUACCACAGAUUCGGAUAUUUCUCGGAUAUUUCUCGCAAAAGCUUUCAGAGAAGAUCACGAGUCAGAUUGUGUCUUGCCCCCCCUCACGUCGCUCCCUGUAUUGAGGAUGUCGCAGCUCGUCUAUGAAACGGAUCCUGAGGGGAGGCUUGGAAGAAUAAGCAAUGCGAUAUUGGCGCGUACUUCCAUGUCUACCUCGCCUGAUUUCCCCUCCCACACCGAGGAUGGUCAAAAUAUUUCCGCCGAAAUGGCAAGAUCUCCCUCUCGACCACGGACAGCGACAGAAAGCGAAGCCUCAGAAAGCCAGAGGCCGAAGCCAGAUUUUUCAAAUCUUCCUUCCCGCAAACCAUCAGUAGAUCAAUACAUGCUUUAUUCAUCUUACGAAGAAUCUGGACUGGGACAAAGCCCAAGAUCAGCAAGCAAACCACGAUAUGAUGGAAUCGACGAUGGUUCAAAUUCCAAUGGGGAUUUGGACUCACAACAAGAAGCGAUUCGAACCCCGCCAUCAGAGUUAGGCUCAACUUCGUCAAAAGUGUUUCAAUACCCCGAAGUGCUCAUUAGCGUGCGUCUGGGAAGAGACCACUCCUUGAAGAGUGAUGAAGACGAUGAAAAGAUGCAGCAGCUCCUGCUAGAAACGCUGGGGAAUUUGUCUGGAGCUACUCAAGGGACUAUGACAGGGGUUAAAAUCCAGGAUAUCUACAAAGGCUUCUCAACCUUAUUGAUCCUCAGUAUACCCAUUGCACUUUGGAAUCUUAUACGAGAAGACCCCGCCUUCUCCUUUAUUGGCUUCGUGAAUACGAGCAAUUUUACUCUACAGUCCACUACGAAACGAGAGUGUCUCGUGGUUCCGGCUGCGCCUAGAGCUAGAGAAGAGACCACGAAAGGGAAAAUCGUGAUGGCCGAGCACCAUCAGCUCACCCCUUCAAGUAACAUCAUAUCAGAAUGCAAUGAUGAUGAAUUUCAAAACCCCCCGAUUUUUGAUAGUUCAUGCAGCAGGGCAUGGUGGAACCCAGAAGAGCUUCCGAGCCAUCCACAUCACGAUGAGGAAGCCGGUUCCAAGAUCAAAAUGGAUUCUUCGGAACCGAAGGCUACCUUCGCAGGAUUUUCGGCUGACGAAGAUGACGAACUCGACGAUGAGGAGUCUUCUUUCGAGAGUGAAGAAGAUUCUUUCGAAGAGCGCUGGAUCCCCACGGACGAAGAUCUUGAAACUAGUGUUUUACAAGCCACUGGAAACAACCUCGAUCUAGCUGCUCGAUUAAUCCCUCCGCUCUAUGAGAUGUUUCAACAAGAAAAGUCCUCUGUCGUCGGAUUUUGGGAGCCAUCCUACCGACAAAAGCCAGGGAAUUCUUAUGACCAAGACUCAGGUGAACAAGGCGAUGGGGGCGAACCUCUUGGUAGCUAUACUGAUCAGCAUGCGAAUAAUCGAAAGAGACAGAGGGAAAACGAUGAAGAGCAUGGCCAAGGGGCUGACAAUAACCAGGACAGAGAUAGGGAUGGUGACGCCCGGAAUAAUGCAGGUAGCAGUGGCGGAAGUCCCAAUUCGCGUCUUUUUGCGUGCCCGUUCAACAAAAGGUAUCCAUCAAUGUACAAUGGGCUUUACAGAUCUCCAAACGCAAGGAAAGGGGAGUACAAAACUUGCGAGUCAGGAUUUGACACCGAGCAACGUUUCAGAGAACACCUGGACCGCAUACAUCGAUGCGUUCAAUGCGAAAAAUGUUCUAGGAAAUUUACGGAACCACCAAAACAACGAAAAGUGAACUUCCAAAAGCAUCUGUCGAACGGAGAAUGCGGCGAUGCUCCACCACCUCUCCACGAAGGUCUCACUGAGUUGCAAUGGGCUGAGAUUAAAGCCUUGCCGAGUCGGCCUCGAUCCGUAUCUAGCAACGGCAAACCCAAACUUACCCUGAUAAGGUGGAACCUUUUCUGGAAUAUUAUUUUUCCCGGGGAGUACCCUCCAACGCCUUGGUGCAUUGCAGUUACAACUCCAAAUGAGCAACUCUCAUCGACUCUGGAGGAAGAUUUAACCGAAUUCAAAAUGUGUUAUGAUGUCGCCAUGCUUGGCAUAAACGAAGACCUCGACCCCAAGGAUAAGGCUGCACACGCUUUUCGGUUCUGGCGGACGAAAAGAGAUGUCGAAAAGCAACAAUCCUUGCGCCGGCCCCAGCAGGAAGUGGAACAAACUGUAUUUGAAGAAAAAGCAGCACAACCUGCAUGGAAUGAGAGCAGCUGGUCAAAUCUGAAGGCCACCUUUCCAAACCAAUACCCGGCUCAGAGACGAGAUGAGAUGCGAGGCUUUCCGUCAAACCAGCAAUUUCCACAGAACACUCUUAAUCGACAAAAUCUCCAGGACAUAUUUCCUACUCCUCGGCGUAUUUUAACAGAUCCUGAUUUCAGCAACCAGGCUUACAGAGCGCUGCCGGUACCCCCCCAGCGUCCCACAACUCCGCCGGGACCAAAUCUCACCAAAUCGUUGGGCCAACUGACCAUGUAUCAGCUUGGAUACGUUGACCCAAAAAUCAGUUAUUGUGGCAGCAUACAACAGCCAAAUGCCUUCUCUCAAACUUCAAGCUUGGCUUUAGAGUCUCAAUCUGUCAACACCCUGGACUUUAGUGAUAUUGCAGACUUCAGCGGCAACUCAGCCGGUCACGGCCAAUACAGUGUCAAUGGAGGAUUCGAUAUGAAUGGAGCUCCCCAAUCUCAACAGACGAGUCCAACUUCUCACCCAGCACAAUCCUACCACCCACUUUACAAUACAGAUCAAAUUCAACAACACAACAUCCAGCAACCACAGGGCUACGUUCCUCCGUCUUGUAUAACGCAUAACACGUUCUCUGCCUAUCAACCGAUGCACUCGCAGCAAGACACCAUACCCUAUCGGAGACCAAAUCCAGAUCGAAACGUUCAGACCGGCACGCCAAGUUUUCAUGAUCCAUACGCAGAACAGGAUGCGUACAGUCGUGAUUAAGUUGGAUGGGGCAAUGAGGCAGAGCGAAAACACAUCAUACUUUGCACCAAAAGGCAGGGACUCUCAGCUCCGAGCAUAGUAGUAAUUGACUAUAAAGACGAAACCCGCUCCUGUUCAAACUUGAAUCUUUAGUCUUUCGUUCCCAAAGUCUUUAAGAGCGAUCACAGUCCAGCGAACUCCUUGGACGUCGCGUAGUGAGGAUGCUAAUGAGGUUUCCCCUCCGCGAGCAAUUUCCCUCAAAUCUUGCGUCGGUCAAGAGUCAAGACAGAUGUUCCUCGUUUUCGAGGCUAGUGGUCCCGAUAAGACCACGAUGCGCGGAUGUCCCUUAGUAGAACCGGGUAUGGAACAAGAUUGGGGCCUUCGUUGAUAAUGGAGAUGAACAGUGUUUCUUAUUAAGUGCUCGUAUCCUUGGAUUUAUACCCAAGCACGCCGAGUAAGUAGAACAUCAGCGCUGCUCG